CGCCUGCUUGUUUAAAAUAGCUGUGUGUGUAAAAGGAUGUCAUGUUGACUUUGAAAGAGGAUAUGCCACAACGCAAUUCAGUUAAAUUUCAGCUAGUAAACCUUGAGGCCAGAAAGGAGACAAAAACUUGGUGCGUCAACGACACAGUCAACAGGUCCUUUUGUGUCUCCGCAGCGCACGCAAGGUGAAGCGCUUUGGACGCACUCAAGCAUACAGAUAAGGACUGCUAACAACACGACAGAGCUCAUGUCUGCUCUACAGCUGAUACUCAGAGGACGCUAUGGUCGGAUGUCUCUUAACUGAGGACAACACAUGAAUACGCUGAACUUGUAAAUUAAGCCACAUGGUUAACAGCACAUAAUGCUUCGAUACGGAUCGCCACCCAAGAGCUGGCUUGGGCUUCGUCUGCGACUAAGUGAGAAGCCUGCACAGGAGGAGAAAACUGGCAUCUUGUGUCAGCAUCCCAACUGUCCCGAACGGCGGCUUGCUUCCAAGGUGUGUCACCACCCGUCGUGUCAGGACAUUAGAGACGGCAGCCCACUGCACCUCUGUGAGUCAUGUGACUCAAACUGCCAUCCCGUCGCCCGUGACGGAAUGCUCUUUGACAGGCAUCCACGGUUUGACCUGCAACCACAAAGUUCCAUCCUGGCCCGGAACGUGUCCACUCGUUCCUGUCCGCCUCGCACCGGUCCCCCCUCUGACAUGGAGGAUGGGGAGGAUGGAUACUCUGACCUAGGGGAUCGCAGGAGUGGAGGAAUGAAACUGGUUAAGAAGAAGACCAGACGCCGACACACAGAUGACCCCAGCAAGGAGUGCUUUACUCUGAAGUUUGACCUAAAUAUUGACGUCAGCAUGGAGAUCGUCCCAGCUGUGAAGAAGAAAACUUUGAGAGAAGUCCUGGGAGCUGUAUUUGAAAGAAAAGGCAUUGAGCUGUCACGGGUCAACCUGUUCCUAGAUCAGUCCAAUACCCCACUUUCCCUGGGAUUUGAAGCAUACCGCUUUGGUGGGCACUACCUCAGAGUACGAGCUCGACCAGGAGAGGAGCUGAAAGUGGAGAGGUGUGUGAAAGACCCCCGUUCUCUCAGUCUGCCUAUAAUGAGGUCCUCCAGCACACAUAGUUCCUCUAGUGACCGAGCAGAGCACGGCUCUCUGGGACGCCGAGAGGCGACAGACCUGCUAGUUGGCCUGGGUCAAGCGCGUCGGCGAAAGAACAUGCCGGAGUUUCUGGGCGAUGCCAGCGCCCCCAAUCAAGACUCCGUAUCCCAGUUGAGCGGUUCUCUCCCAGGAUCUAUAAUGGGUACAGACCGCUGGAGGAACCGUGCAGCCAGCCGUUUCAGCGGCCUCUUCAGUUCCAACUCAGGAAACGUCUCUCUUGGGAAGGAGUGUGAUCGUGUGGAACAGCUGCAGAGUAAACUGUACUCAUAUACUAUGCUCGGAUUACCCAAGAUGCCUCCGCAGCUCUCGUUCCACAGAGACUCGUGGGAAGAGGAGCCCAACCUGGAGCUAGAAGAGAGCUGGAAGCAGCUUUUGGACAAUCCUGAGGUAAACGUCAGUGCCAUCAGCAAGAGGCUAUAUGGGAACUGCUGCAGACAGAGUCAGACUACAUCAAGAAAUUGCAUGUCAUCACUGAUCUGUUUCUGUGUGGCCUGCUGAACCUGCAGGAGAGUGGUUUACUUAGUGAAGUCGAACCUGUGCGCCUCUUCAGUAACAU